UUCAGAUGUGUGAAUGAAUUAAUCAAUGCCAGACUGAUCUUGUUCUCUUCUUCGCUCCUUUUAGUAGACUUAGAGAGAAAAGCACCAUCACUCUCCUCACCAGAAAAGCACCACCACAGUUAUAUCAUCACCCCAGACAGAAAUAAUGAAGGAGACAGACAACUUGACGGGCAGGGAGCGAAAAGUCAGUUCAGAAGGUGAAAGUCUGUACAAACUGCUCCAGGUGGAAAAGAAGGCCACGCCAGAAGAGAUUAAAAAGAGUUACAGAAAGUUAGCCUUGAAAUACCACCCAGACAAGAACAGGGAUAAUCCAGAUGCGGCUGAAACUUUCAAAGAGAUCAGUCGUGCAAAUGCUGUGUUGUCGGAUGAGGCAAAGCGAGACAUCUACGACAAGUAUGGCAGCAAAGGCCUCCAGAUGCUAGAACAGAUGGGACCAGAGGCGUUGAAAGUUUGGAUGAAGAUGGAUACUCCUCUGGCCAAGUGCUGUUUCAUUUCGAUCUUCUGUCUGUCUGGCUGCUGCUGCUGUUUGUGCUGUUGUUGCUGCUGCAACUGUUGCUGCGGCAAGUUCAAGCCGGCCGGCGACGAAACAGAUGGACAGUUCAAUCCAGAAGACCUCUAUGAUGACAACCAGAACGGAGAACCUGUCACCGUACAACCAUAGUCAAGGAUUGCUGAUGAUAAAGCAGUCAGACAUGAUGAUCAAUUUGCGUUGGCCAAAUGCAACAACAUUUUUGAUACUCAAAGGAAUCUACUGUGCAAAUUGAACCUCUUACUCUAUUCACGUCAAUUUUAAAUCUGUCAAUUUCAAAUGAAUCCAUUCAUAGAGCCUCAGCUAGCUGGUGUGGAACGCUACCGGCUCCAAGAUCCGAAUCACGAUACUUUUUGAAUAUCGUUUUCCAGUUGACCCGAUGCUUUUGAAUGACUAGAUGCCUUGAUAUUUUGGGAAAUGUUUACUAUUUUUAUAGAAUCCUCCAAUUAAUAUUCGUAUCAGAGCUAUUGUAAAUGAUCUUUCUUCAUUCAAUUGAAUUUAAAC